AUGGCAUCCUCUGAGAAACGAGCGGACCUGAUUGCGCUCGCCCGCGAUCUGUCGGGCGUGCCGAUGAGUGAUGAUUAUGAGAAGAUGAUAUCAGGCAUGCUAUACAAUCCGCUCCUCCCCAGUCUGGAGGAAGGCCGGCAUAGGUGCCGUAUCUUGACCAACGACUACAACAACCUGGAUCCACGCACCGUGCCCUCUGACAAGAUACGCGACGUGCGCUUUGCGCUCUUGCAGAAGCUAGUGGGGCGUGUCGGGGAGGGCACCUUUGUCGAGCCGCCAUUCCGCCCGGACUACGGAUGUAAUGUGGUCAUUGGACGGGAUUGCUUUUUGAACUGGAACCUAACAAUCCUCGACACGUCGUUGGUGAUUCUCGGGGAUCGCAUUCAGAUGGGUCCGAAUGUGGGCAUUUUCACGGCCGGACAUGAGACCAGUGUCUUGUCGCGACGCAAGUAUAUCGAGUUCGGGCAUCCGGUCAGGAUUGGCGACGACUGCUGGAUUGGUGGUAAUGUGGUGAUUCUCCCUGGCGUGACCAUCGGCGAGGGAUGCACAAUCGGCGCUGGCGCGGUCGUCACCAAGGAUAUUCCACCCUUCUCAGUGGCUGUCGGGAACCCCUGCAAGGUGAUCAAGACCAUCUCAUCCGCAGAGGAGGAGGAGAGGGACCCCGAAAACCCCUACCGAGCAAUGGAAAGAGAGCUGUAA